UAUGUUUUUUCUAUCUGUCAUUCUCUAGUGUCACGCUAAUCGCUAUUUUGUAUGUUCGUGAUUGUAAUUGGAUCCUGGAUAUUGUGGGGAAUACCAAGUGAGCUAAUCGAUGGCCGAUUAAGUGUUUCAACGCCACAGGAAUUAGCGGGUUCCCUUGCUCGUGGUGACUCAUCAAAGUUCCCGGACGGUUUUUCACUAUGGAGACUGACGAUGGUGAAUCCUCUAGCAGCGGGCCUAUGUCGAGCCUGAAUAGCCUAUUCUCCUUCACAAGUCCCGCUGUGAAGAAACUUCUUGGCUGGAAACAGGGUGACGAAGAAGAGAAAUGGGCAGAGAAAGCAGUAGAUAGUCUGGUGAAGAAAUUAAAGAAGAGAAAAGGUGCUAUAGAAGAACUAGAGAGGGCACUAUCAUGUCCGGGAACACCAUCCAAAUGUGUCACAAUUCCACGUUCACUUGAUGGCCGAUUACAGGUGUCCCAUCGCAAGGGGCUCCCUCAUGUGAUCUACUGCCGUGUGUGGCGCUGGCCUGACCUGCAGAGCCACCAUGAACUAAAACCUCUCGAAAUUUGCCAAUACCCCUUCAGUGCUAAACAAAAAGAAGUUUGCAUAAACCCCUACCAUUAUAAGAGAGUCGAAAGUCCAGUGCUGCCACCAGUUCUAGUACCGAGGCAUUCUGAGUUCGCGCCAGGACACUCCCUGCUGCCCUUCCAGAGGACUACAGAGCCUGCAAUGCCUCACAAUGUGUCAUACUCUGGGACAGGAUUUCCACCGUCGGCUUCUUCGGAGCUCCCGGAUACGCCGCCACCGGCAUACUCCCCUCCGUCCGACGACACCGAGCCUCCGGGGGAGGUAGCCCCUGUCUCCUACCAGGAGCCCCUGUACUGGGCGUCUGUCGCCUACUACGAACUCAACUGUAGGGUCGGUGAAGUUUUUCAUUGCAACUCUCAUUCGGUGGUUGUCGACGGCUUCACCGAUCCGUCGAACAAUAGUGACAGGUUCUGCCUCGGUCAGCUCAGUAAUGUUAACAGGAAUUCAACUAUAGAAAAUACUAGACGUCAUAUAGGUAAGGGAGUGCAUUUAUACUAUGUAGCAGGCGAGGUGUAUGCCGAGUGCCUGUCGGAUGCGGCGAUAUUCGUGCAGAGCCGCAACUGCAACCACCAUCAUGGCUUCCAUCCCUCCACCGUUUGCAAGAUACCUCCGGGUUGUUCCCUGAAGAUAUUCAACAAUCGAGAGUUUGCUCAGUUGCUAUCGCAGAGUGUAAAUCAUGGUUUUGAAGCUGUUUAUGAGUUGACUAAAAUGUGUACGAUUAGGAUGUCUUUCGUGAAGGGCUGGGGGGCGGAGUACCAUCGUCAGGAUGUUACUUCGACCCCCUGCUGGAUUGAGAUCCACCUUCACGGUCCCCUGCAGUGGCUGGACAAGGUGCUUACACAGAUGGGCUCCCCGCACAAUGCUAUUUCGUCAGUAUCUUAGCCCGACCUCCAUACAGCAUGCCCCACCGUAUCCCGUAUUCAAUAACUUGAUAAUCUCAAAAAAUAUGCAUGUUUUAUAACCUGUUUCGAAACUGUGACGAUGUAUUCAACACUUUCUUUGUAAGUAAUAUGGAAGUCUAAUUUUGUGCUGAAAAUGGAUCCAUAUCUUCUGUUUAUGACGUCGCGGCGUUUUGAAAUAUAUAAUGCAUUUAUUAUUUUUAGUCUAUGAUAUUUUUAAUCUAUAUUAAAAAAUCUAAAGUCAUCCAAAUUUCCGUCACAGUUUCGGUAUUUUAAAAUCCCCGAACUAAUUAUAAUUUAUAAUUAUUUUGGAACUAAUAUCUCCGAUAAAAAAAUAUUUGUCUAGCCCCAAAAAUUUGUUCUUGUAUUCAGCUCAAAUUAUGUGUCCAAGUAAAUUUUAAACGUAAGACGUAUUUAGUGUUACUGUAAUUAUAAAGACAUAAAUAUGUUAGAAAGUGAAUAUACUCGUGAAUGUUUAUGGUAACAUAUGAAGAUAUUAUUCAUUGUAAAUAUGUCUGAUUGAAUUGAGGUUAUUACAAUCAAAUAACCUAAAAAGUGAACGUAUGACAGCGACGUGUGGCAACACUGAAUGUUAACUGUCAUUUGUACAUUAGUACACAGAUAAAUUAUCAUCGUAGGUAAUUUUGUUUUUAUUUUUUUUAUAUGACGAUAGAAAUUGAGAAAUGACAAGCGAUUUUACUUGUUGUAUGAUAUUUUAUCAUUUAAAUCAUGAAUACAUUUUUAUAUAUUUUACAAGCUUAGUAAGCAAUUAUAAAGAGAAAAUUUAAAUAAUUUGUGGCUCUCCAAAUUUGGCUCUACGGUUUGUUUUUUGGUUAAAUAUGUCAAAAAAAAUUACACUGUUGAUUUUUUAUCUGUGUGAUUUAAACACAACUGAAUAUAAUUUUUUGACACACUUUUUAAUUUUCUUAUUACAUGACAUAAUAAUUUGUUUGUUUUUUUUUUAAUUUAGGGAUUCGGUCGAAUUUCAAUGAAUUAAUUGUGUAGAUAUUGAAAAUAAAAAUCGGUAAUUUAAAAAGUCGUCCAUCAUAAAAUCUAAUAAAAUGACAACAAGACAAUCUUUUCUCAAGAGAAUUUAAAGAAAUAAUUGAAAAAAUAGAAUUUAUUGCUCAAGAUAUUUUCAAAGGUAAAUUUCCUGACAACAUUGUUCUUUUUUUAAUUUGUCAUAGACCGAUGAUUUUUUUUUACCUAUGUGUAAAAUCU